GUCGAGAAAAGCGUGUUUAAAAAUACAUUCAAGAAAUGGCUUACAUAAUAUUAAUCCUGGCAUCUAUUUUGAAUUUACUUUCUUCAACAACUCAGCAUAAAUGUGAACUUCCAAAACCAGUACCAGAACUCCACGUUGAAAAGUUAAUUGACACAAAAUGGUAUACUGGACUUCAGACAAAUGAUCCAGCUGCUGGCAAUGUUAAAUGUGAAGAAAUUGUAACCAUCACAAAAAAUAGCAAUGGAUAUGACUCAGUAUUGAGAAGCUACAUUCGAAGCAAAGAACAUGUUGAAUGGACCUCGCAUUUGAUUCGUCAGAGAGCAGGAGUGUAUAAAGAAAAUCGAAUGGCCGGCGGUGAGUCGGAAAUACAUAAAAAUACCGGAGCAAAAUAAACACUACGAAAAACAACUGUCUACAAUGGUAUUCAUUGAUUAUCAAUAUUUAGUUUAAAUACCAGCCCGACCCAGCCCAAUUAACUUGUUCAACGUGAGAUUCC